AAUAUGCUAUGUUAGACACAAAAUAAACCAACGUAUUCUCUUUCUCUCUUCAAUGGCCGGAAUCCGCUUGCAGCCGGAGGACUCUGACGUCUCCCAACAAUCCCGCGCGGUGGCUCUCUCCGCCACCGAUCUGGUCUCCGACGACGACCGCUCCGUCGCCGCCGACUCUUGGUCCAUCAAGAGCGAGUACGGAAGCACUCUGGACGACGACCAGCGCCAUGCUGACGCCGCCGAAGCUCUCUCCAACGCCAACCUCCGACCUCCCUCCGAUUACAGUUCUGACAAGGAUGAACCUGAUUCUGAAGCAGUCACAUCCAUGCUGGGAUUUCAGAGUUAUUGGGAUUCUGCAUAUGCUGACGAGCUCACAAAUUUUCGUGAACAUGGUCAUACUGGUGAAGUCUGGUUUGGAGUUGAUGUGAUGGAAGUAGUAGCAUCUUGGACAAAAGCCUUGUGUGUUGAAAUUUCUCAAGGUCACAUACCAAAUGGUGUCGAUGAGGUUAAGGCUGAAGCUGACAAACUAGGUGAUAAAGUUUUGUCUACUUGGAGUGUACUAGAUAUUGGGACUGGCAAUGGUUUACUGCUCCAAGAAUUAGCUAAACAAGGGUUCUCUGAUUUAACUGGGACUGAUUAUAGUGAAAGGGCCAUCAGCCUUGCCCAAAGCCUUGCUAAUCGUGAUGGAUUUUCCAACGUCAAAUUUUUGGUUGAUGAUGUCCUCGAGACAAAGUUGGAACAAGAGUUUCGACUUGUCAUGGAUAAAGGGACACUAGAUGCUAUUGGAUUGCAUCCUGAUGGUCCUGUCAAGAGAAUGAUGUAUUGGGAUUCUGUUUCGAGGUUGGUUGCAUCUGGUGGAAUACUUGUGAUCACAUCAUGUAACAAUACAAAGGAUGAAUUGGUACAAGAAGUGGAGAGUUUCAACCAACGAAAAAUUGCUACUGCACAGGAACUUGGGGCAGUGAAGGACGAGGAACCGUGCAGAGAGCCCCCAUUUCAGUAUGUAAAUCAUGUCCGCACAUAUCCGACAUUCAUGUUUGGUGGAUCUGUAGGCUCCCGUGUUGCAACCGUGGCAUUCCUUCGAAAAUGAAAAUGUUUUGUCAUUUGUUAUGAUUAAGGUCUCUGGUCGGAUGGAUUUGAAGUUGUUCCUAACUGUUGUGUCAAACAGUAAAUAUCUUUUUGCGAUUUAUGUGAAGUUCCAUUACCUCUCCUUCUUGGGUGAAUAGUAGUUAUCAUUCGGAGUUUAUACUCUAUAAUUAGUAAGGAGAAAAUACAGUUAGUUCAGCGUAGCAAAAGAUUUUGUUAUUCUGGUUCUUUUGUGAUUCUGAUUACGAGGUCGAUGAAACUAUAUGGGAAUUUUGUGUUUACCAUGUUUGACCA